GAGGGGGCGGUGGGUGAUUGGUUGGUUGCUGUUCCCGCCUCCAUGCCCGUCGCCAUUUUGCUGCGGAGAGCCGAAAUCCUGAAGCAGCGGUGUAGGUAUCCGUAGUCAGGGAGGAGACAGGUAACAGAAUUCAAUUACAAUGGGGAACGUUUUUGAAAAGCUGUUCAAAAGUCUAUUUGGGAAAAAAGAGAUGCGGAUUCUUAUGGUGGGUUUAGAUGCAGCUGGAAAAACCACCAUCCUGUACAAACUGAAGCUGGGAGAGAUCGUAACUACUAUCCCUACAAUAGGUUUCAACGUGGAGACAGUAGAAUAUAAAAAUAUCAGCUUCACAGUCUGGGAUGUCGGUGGCCAGGACAAAAUCAGACCUUUGUGGCGGCAUUAUUUCCAAAACACCCAAGGUCUGAUUUUUGUGGUGGACAGUAAUGACAGAGAACGGGUCAAUGAGGCCCGAGAAGAACUAACCAGAAUGUUAGCAGAAGAUGAGCUCAGAGAUGCAGUGUUAUUGGUGUUUGUAAAUAAACAGGACCUUCCCAAUGCUAUGAAUGCAGCAGAGAUAACAGACAAGCUUGGCUUACAUUCCCUCCGCCAGAGAAACUGGUACAUUCAGGCUACUUGUGCCACCAGUGGAGAUGGGCUUUACGAAGGCCUGGACUGGCUCUCCAACCAGCUCAAAAACCAGAAGUGAUCGAUCGGCAGCCAUCCAUUCCCUGUGCAUCGUGGCAAAAUCCGCUGGCCUCUUCUGUGUGCAUGUGUGCGUGUGAGGAGCCAAGUGUGGGUGUGUGGCUGGGAGUGGGAGCAGCUUUCUCACACCGUGCCUUAUACAUGCUGUAAGAAAACCAGUAUUACAUUUGAAGAAAAACCAGUGUUACAUUUUAAACGCUACCUUCCAUUUCAAUAGCUUUGAUGAUCAUUUCGCAGUUGUUGGCGUUCUGAGGGCUUACCGGUGAGCAAGAGCCAGAGGGGUCUUUGAGGCGGAAGGAGGCUGAGAGUGGGAGCGUAGAUGAGUUCGUUGUCGCAGUCCUGUGUCUUCCAUCUCUGCAUACCCGGAGUCCUGUUUGACUUUGGCUUCCUUUGUGAAAAGGAAGGAACUGUCAUUCUUCCCAUCACUGCCAGAGCUGGCAGCUCCUUUUCAGUGACUUAUACCACAUGAUCUUCAAGAAAGGAAAGGUCCUUGCUUGCUGCAGGUGUGAAGAGGUUCAGAUUUGAACUUCCCCCUUAAGUUAUAUUUUAGCCCAGACUUCCUGGCUCAACAUGCUUUAUUUAAAGGAAUCAGCCAUCUUUUUCAUUACGUGUGGUAUCGAGACCCCAUCCAUAACACUAGAAAGUUACCCUCUAGGGUGGAGACCAUUUGGGUAAUGACCAAGGGUGAGGCUAAGGCUCUUUACUGGAGCACCAUGGUCGCGUAAAGGGUCUUGUGAAGGAAGUGAGGGGAUGGGUCAUGUUUGUGUCCUUGCAUCACCAUCUCGGGUUUUAGGCUUCUGAGGCUGCUGCUCCCACUUCUCUGCUCUGUGCUGAAUGUGCUACACUUGAAGCAGGAGGGUCCCUCCUGGGAUGGAAUCGUUACCAUGGACAGUGAUCUUAGUCCAACUUAGAGUUUUGAUUAGCUGCUGUUCCUGUAAACACACACCUGUGAGUUCUGAGGCUUUGCGCUAGAAUCAAGAGGUAGAUUUUGGGGAUGAGACUCCCAGUAACCCCUGGUAUUGCCCCCAAGUUGGUGCUAAAUUUUAUUACGAAAAAUGCCUCUCUAGUCUCGACCAGUCUCUGUGGCUCCCUCUUCGGGAUGGCAAUAAUGUGCUUUAUGUUGUCCUCAAAAUGUUAAUAAGAAUGGCCUGAAGAUGAGUGAGGGCCGCUCAGUAGCUAGAACUCAUUUGCCCAGACAACUGGUGGCCACAUUUGUACCUAAGCACUCCCACUAUUUAACCUUUUUAAAUUCCUUUUUCAAGUCGUUAUUUGCGGGGGCGGCGCGGGGGGGUGGGGGAUGUGAAGGUAAAUUUUAACAGAAGUAAACCUUGUUUGUUGAUAACAAUAAAAUUGAUAUUACCAGGAAAAAAUGUCAUGCCAUAAGUGGAUUGUAAUGUUUUUCUUUAUUACCUUUAAAGAACGUUCAUCGCAAUACAGGCAACUAAGUCCGGAUGUGAUUUGUAACCAUGGAGUAAUUCCCAAGAAAUAUUUAGAUUGUACAUGCCAAAUUGGCAGGGACUGUGUUGUAUACUUUUGUAUUGUGCUUAGUACAGUGUACCUGGUACAGUGCUAGAACUCAUUAAACAUUUGUUGAUUGGUUGGACAAUAAAGAACUUGCUUUGGAAGGAGGAGAGGACA